GCGAAAAAGUAUAAUUGUAUAAACUGUAUAAAUUGUAAAAAAAAGUUUUUUGGGCACGAUGGCUGAGGUAGGGGAAAAACUAUCAAAAAAAGAGUGGAGAGGAUAAUUAAAAAUAUUUUAGUUACAAACAAACUUAACCUAUCAGUAUUGAAAUAGUGACCAUGUCUCCCACGUUUUUUCUCCGGUUGAUACGCUAAAAAUAAUAUUUAUUUAUGAUAAAAUAAUUUAAAUAAAUCUCGGAACUGGGGACUGAGUGCCGGCUUACCGGUGUUGAGUAAUUUUAUAUUUUGCUUAAUGUUAUAUCAAAUGUGUGAUAAUUUAAUUAGUUAUUAUUGAAAUGUUGGUGCGUAUAACCAAACAAUUGAGUUAUUUCGUCCCGGCAUUGUCACAAUCGGCUCUAGUGCUCGCAACACCAUAUGGAAGAUUGCGUCAUGUUGCUUUCUUAGCGACUGGAGUUGACCGUGAAUUAAAAAGGCGAUUGAAAGCUGAACAAAAACUUAAAGAAAAAGCUGAAAAAGAUGCCAAGGCUGCUGCAGAAGCUCCUCAGUCAAAUGACAAAAAAGAAAAAAUUAAAGAAGAAGAAAUUAGUCCUAAUGAGUAUUUUAAAUUACGAGUAAAAGAAAUUAACGAGCUAAAAGAAGCAAAUGACAGUCCGUACCCGCACAAGUUCCAUGUGUCGUCCUCCCUGGACAACUUCAUCGAGAAGUUCGGCGGUAAAGUCAAGCCCGGAGAAAUUUUCGACAAAGAAGUCCACAGUAUCGCGGGUCGUAUCCACUCAAUACGUCGCGCCGGGGCCAAGCUCAUUUUCUACGACCUGAGAGGCGAGGGUCUCAAGCUCCAAAUCAUGGCCAACGCCAAGCACUACGAAAGUGAGGACGCUUUCAACCGAGACACCGACAAACUUGGUCGCGGAGACAUCGUGGGGGUUCUCGGGGUGCCUACUAAGUCAAAACUAGGAGAAUUUUCAAUAUUGCCUAAGAAAAUCACGCUGCUGAGUCCUUGCUUGCAUAUGCUUCCUCACCUGCACUACGGACUCAAGGAUAAGGAAACAAGAUUCCGUCAGCGUUAUUUAGAUUUAAUAAUAAACUCAAGUGUUCGACAAAAGUUUCAAAUAAGGGCUAAAAUAAUAGCUUAUGUUCGUAAAUUCCUUGAUGAAAUGGGAUUUUUGGAGGUUGAAACCCCGAUGAUGAACAUGAUUGCUGGUGGUGCUACUGCUAAACCAUUUAUUACGCAUCAUAAUGAUUUAAAUAUGGAUCUUUUUAUGCGUGUUGCUCCUGAAUUAUAUCUUAAGAUGUUAGUAGUCGGAGGAUUCGAUCGAGUCUACGAAAUCGGUCGCUUAUUCCGAAACGAAGGAAUAGACAUGACCCACAACCCCGAAUUCACAUCCUGCGAGUUCUACAUGGCCUACGCGGACUACCACGACCUGAUGGCAAUAACCGAGACCCUGGUCUCAAGAAUGGUAAGAAGCAUCCACGGAACCCACAAGCUAGUCUACCACCCAGACGGUCCGGAAGGCGAAGGCGUAGAGAUAGACUUUACUCCUCCGUUCAGACGACUGCCGAUGAUAAAAACCCUGGAAGAGAAGCUAGGCGUCAAGUUCCCGGAUCCUGAGAAAUUAAACACCGAGGAAGCCAACAAAUUCCUGAGUGAUUUGUGCAUCAAGCAUGACGUCGAGUGUCCUCCACCGAGAACCACUGCGCGUUUGUUGGACAAACUGGUGGGUGACUUCAUUGAGGAGACUUGCAUCCACCCGACGUUCAUCACCGACCACCCUCAGAUCAUGUCGCCGCUCGCCAAGUGGCACAGGUCUGCUAAGGGCCUCACUGAAAGGUUCGAGCUCUUCGUCAUGAAGAAGGAACUCUGUAAUGCUUAUACUGAGUUGAACGAUCCUAUUGUCCAGAGAGAACGGUUCGAGCAGCAAGCCAAAGAUAAGGAUGCUGGAGAUGAUGAAGCUCAGAUGAUCGAUGAAAAUUUCUGCACUGCUCUGGAGUAUGGGCUACCUCCUACUGGAGGAUGGGGCAUGGGCAUUGACCGAUUGACUAUGUUCUUAACUGACUCUAAUAAUAUUAAGGAGGUUCUGCUAUUUCCAGCAAUGAAACCAGAUGACAACCCAACAAAACACAAAGAAAAUGAGGAAGAAAUAAAAACACCUGAUCAAUAAAAUGUCUUAAUUUUUGUAACAGUUGAAUAAACCAAGUUUAUUACUUA